GCGUGGCCCGGGUUUUCUCAAAGUUUCUUUGAUUGUUCAAAUAUUUUCGUUCUCGAAUUCUCAAAUAUCCUUUUCCCCCAAGCCUUUAUACAUUAUACAUGAUACACCAUAUAUUAUACGUCAUACAUUCAUAACUAUAUUUCUCAACAUGCCGGAGGAAAAAAAGGAAGAGUCUUUAUCACCUGUGACUUCGCGUCUCGAAGAAUAUACCGAAGGUCAACAUGAUGCCGUCUUUGGAGAAAUCACGGAAAAGGGUCCGAAUUACCGCAAUGUAGGAUGGCUAGGAACAACUGUGCUGAUGUUAAAAACCCAAAUCGGACUUGGCGUGCUCUCGAUCCCAGUUGCUUUUGAUGCACUGGGUAUAGUCCCAGGUGUGAUUUGCUUAUGCGCUAUUGCAGGUAUCACCUCCUGGUCCAACUAUAUUGUCGGUACUUUCAAGCUUCGGCAUCCUGAGGUCUACGGCAUUGACGAUGUUGGUCAACUGUUACUCGGUCCCACUGGGAGGAUUCUUCUCGGAGGCGCGUUCUGUCUCUGGUGGGUGUUCGUUGCCGGCUCGGGAAUGUUGGGCCUUUCUAUCGGUUUAAACGCAGUCUCAGAUCAUGCGGUUUGCACCGCAGUUUAUGUUGCUGUUGCUGCGAUUGUAGCAUGUAUCCUAGGUAGUAUUCAGACGCUAGGCCGUAUCUCCUGGAUGGCUUGGGUUGGUUUGGCUUGUAUUAUUACCUCAAUCAUGAUCGUCACCAUCGCUGUCGGCCUCCAAGAUCGUCCCUCCGCGGCGCCAAAAGACACCGUCUGGGUAUCUGAUUACAAGAUUGUGAAUAGCGAUGCCUCAUUUGCUGAUGCCAUUGGUGCCGUAUCGACCCUUGUCUUUGCGUACGCCGGUACACCAGCUUUCUUCUCCAUCGCGGCAGAGAUGCGGGCCCCCCAUCAUUAUAAUCGAUCGAUGAUACUCUGCCAAUCCCUUAUGACUUGUUUUUAUAUUGCGAUUGGUGUUGUUAUUUACUAUUACUGCGGGUCCUAUGUCUCUUCCCCAGCCCUUGGCUCUGCUGGCCCAGUCUUGAAGAAAGUUAGCUAUGGAUUUGCCAUUCCAGGAUUAUUGGCGAGUACCUUACUAUUUAUCCACAUCACAGCAAAGUACAUUUUCGUCCGACUUCUACAUGGCUCACGACACUUAGCAUCCAACACUCUGACCCAUUGGAUGGUCUGGCUUAGCUGUACCAUCGGCAUCGCCUUGAUUGCGUAUGUCAUUGCUAGUGCUAUUCCGGUAUUUAGUGAUCUUGUUUCUCUUGUUGGUGCUCUACUUGGUACCCCAAUGUGUUUCCAGCCAAUGGGAGGCAUGUGGUUAUAUGAUAACUGGACACAUGGCAGGGGAGGUCAGCGAUCACUAAGGUGGAUCGCUAUGGUCUGCUGGUGCAUCUUUGUCAUAGUUACCGGAUUCUUCUUGAUGAUUGGAGGCACCUAUGGAUCCGUUGUGACCAUUAUGGACAGCUACAAGAAAGCUGGGGGUACAGCUGCCUGGUCAUGCGCCGAUAACUCCACCUGAUAUGCAUAUUUUCCUGCUUUUGGAUACGAUAUGGAUUUUUGAUAUACCUUCUGGUAAUGGUCAGCUCAUUAUUUCAUCAAGUUUGCAGGGAGUGCUGCACAUUGAGAUAGAUACAUUUGUGGGCAUUAAAGCUAUAUUUUUCUGAUUUCGAGUCAUAAAUGUCCAUAUUUCACUGCCAUGGCAACACUCCUUUUGUUAUUUAAAUACUCAGUAGAAUAGCUGGGCAACGGGCUAGACAGUCGAUAUUAGUAGGAGAACGCAAUGUUUUGUACACAAGAAGCUAUCUAAAUUCU